UUUCUUCUUCUUCCUUUUUUUUUGUUUUUUUUUUUUUCUUUUUGUUCAGAAUGACUUUAAACCGCCCUCCUUUCGGGGCCUGCAGAGGGCGCUCAGAGCGCCCGGCCGGGUCCAUGAGGAGGAGCCCCGCCCCGUCAGCGCUGGCCAAUCAGAAGCCGCCCGCUCCACAGCCCGAGAGAGCUGCACGAGGAAAGCCGAAUCUCUUCGGCCAUUUCCGCCACCGGAGCCCCGAUGAUUUCCGACUGCGCCCAAAGCCAGAGCGGAGCCUCUUCGGCAACUUCCGGAAACCCGGAAGGGAGGCUGCCAAGCGCGUUCGGGCGUCUCCGGCACGGCAGUGACGUCCGGGAGACCGGAGGGCGGCCGCGCUCCUGCCCCAGCCAGAUAUGCGGCUGCUCUCCCGAGCCCUCCGCGCGGCGCAAGGCUACCGAGCCACCGCACUGGCCCCUCGGAGCCUCCGGGCAGCGCCGGUGGCAUGGCUGAGCGGGCGGCCCGGCCUGAAGGAGCUGUUCGCCGAGCCCUCCCUGCGCCGCCUGCUGGAGGCGCGCGAGCGGGGCGAGGGCGGGGCGGCGCCGCAGCUGGCGGCGCGCGUGCGGCGGCUGCGCGACAAGGAGCGGGAGCUGCGCGACACGCGGGAGCUGGCCCAAGAUGAGAAUGAAGAUUUCCGGAAGCUUGCAGAAACAGAAAUUGCUUCCUGUGAAGAAGAGAUAGCUGAACUGAAACAACAGAUAGUGUUGCUUUUGAUUCCUUCAGAAGAAACAGAUGAGAGUGAUCUUGUCAUGGAAGUAACUGCUGGAGUUGGAGGGCAGGAAGCCAUGCUGUUCACCUCGGAGAUAUUUGAUAUGUAUCAACGAUAUGCUGCUUAUAAAAAGUGGAAAUUUGAAGUAUUAGAAUACUUUCCCAGUGAACUAGGUGGCCUAAGACAUGCAGUAGCCAGUAUAGCAGGUGUUGAGGCGUACAAAUACAUGAAGUUUGAAGGAGGAGUGCAUCGUGUUCAGCGGGUACCAAAGACAGAAAAACAAGGACGCAUUCACACCAGCACAAUGACUGUUGCGAUAUUACCCCAACCCACUGAGAUGAGGCUGCAAAUUAGUCCAAAAGAUCUACGGAUAGAAACAAAGCGAGCUAGUGGAGCUGGAGGCCAGCAUGUCAAUACCACAGAUAGUGCUGUACGGAUAGUUCACAUUCCAACAGGGAUUGUGUCUGAAUGUCAGCAAGAAAGAUCCCAAAUUAGAAACAAAGAGAAGGCUAUGCAAAUGCUAUGUGCUAAACUAUACAAUGCCAAACUAGAUGAAGAAACCAAGAAGAGAAACAGUGCUCGAAAGAUUCAAAUUGGGACUAAAGGAAGAUCAGAGAAGAUCAGAACAUACAACUUUCCACAGGACCGGAUUACAGACCACAGAAUAAGCAGAUCAGUGCACCAUGUUGAGUCUUUUAUGCUAGGGGAAGAAAUGCUAGACGAAAUGAUACAAACUCUGAGAGAAUAUGCUGAUUAUGAAUCUCUAAUGGAAAUUAUUUCAGAAAACGAAAAAAAUAAUUCCUCCUGAACAUUGUUCUUUCUCAGCCCAUUACAACAGAUCUAGACCUUGGUCUGCAAAGAAGCUUCUUGGAGCACCACCCAGAAAAUGGAACUUCUUC